UGUAAAUCUAAAAGUUAAAAUGAGAAUCUGCAAUUUCUCGUCAAUUUCUUCAUACCAUUGUUCCUUUACAACAUCGCGAAAAAGGUUUGCAAUAACGAAUCCAAAUAGGAUUGGAGCAUCAUGCACUACUACAACUCAUCACAAAUGGAACGUCUCCAAAGAUCUUACAUCAAAUUUGGAGGGACACAACUCUUCGGAGAAGUUGUGGGUGGACUACAAGGAAAAAAUGGGAGAGAUUAAGCAACUAUUAUUGCAACAUUCGAAUCUUGAUGAAGAGAUGAAUGGAAAGGAGAGUUUAAUUUUGGUGGAUGCAAUUCAAAGGGUGGGAAUGGAACAUCAUUUUGAUGAGGAGAUUGAGAUGAUUCUUGGACGACUGUAUUAUUCCACCAACAACUUUGAUUUUAUUCAUCAUGAUUUAUAUUAUGUUUCUUUGCAUUUCCGAUUACUCAGAAAUCAAGGAUACUAUGUUCCACCAGAUGCGUUGAGUGUUUUCAAGGCAGAUGAUGGGAAAUUCAAAGAGAAAUUAAGGCAAGAUAUUGGAGGAUUAAUGGAACUGCAUGAAGCUGCCCAACUAGGUUUGCGUGAUGAAGUCAUAAUUGAUGAAGUAGAAGAAUUCAGCAGACUGAAUCUGAAUAAGUGGUUGGAGAAAAUGAAUGAUGAUGAUCUGCAUAAAAUGGUUGUCAAGAAUUCAUUGAGACAGCCUCAACACAAAAACAUAGCAAGAUUGACUGCAAGAAAUUACAUUGAAGGAGUUUGUGUCAAAGGUUGUAAGAAGGGAUGGGAAAAGACACUGUUUGAGGUAGCUAAAAUGGAUUUUCUCAUCGGCGAUUUGCUGCAUCAAGAUGAAUUACUACAAAUUUCCAAGUGGUGUGACAAUGUUGGUAUAUGUGAGAAAUUAGAACGUGCGAGAAGGCAACCAGUGAAGUGGUACACAUGGGCUAUGGCUAGUCUAAUCAACAAUCCAAGCUUGCGACUGCAAAGAAUAGAGCUCACAAAGGCCAUUGCAUUUAUUUACCUAAUUGAUGAUAUCUUCGACCUAUAUGGAACAAUCGAUGAUCUAACUCUCUACACACAAGCCAUAAACAGGUGGGAGUAUGAUGCAAUCAUCACCUUACCAGAAUACAUGAGAAAUAGUUACAAAAACCUUCUCGAUACCAUCAACGGUAUAGCCCAAAAGGUCGAGCAAAAAUACGCUACUAAUCCUAUUGAUUCUCUUAAAGCAACGUGGGGGAGUUUAUCUCAAGCAAUGCUAGUGGAAGCAAGAUGGUUUAGAUCAAGAGAGCUGCCUACAGCAAAAGAGUAUUUGGAAAAUGGGAAAGUAAGUUCAGGAAUUCACAUUGUUAUGGUCCACUUAUUCUAUCUUUUAGGUCUUGGAAGAAAGCAACACCCUAUCAACUUAAAUGACACUUGUACCCUCACCUCGACCGUUGCUACUAUUCUUCGUCUCUACGAUGACUUAGGGAGUGCUAAGGACGAGCACCAAGAUGGUUCAGAUGGUUCGUACAUAAAAUAUUGCAUGAAUGAAGAAGCGGACUUGUCCGAGAAGGAAGCACGAAGACGUGUGGAGGACAUGCUGUCAAACCAAUGGAAAGUCAUAAACGAGGAAUGUUUACUACGUCUGAAUCACUCCUCAGUCUCAUGUUUCAGAAGGGGUUCUCUCAAUUUGGCAAGAAUGGUACCUCUAAUGUACACUUAUGAUGAAAAUCAAGGGCUCCCACUCCUCAAAGAACAUAUCAAUAAUACUAAGCUGUUCAACUAAUACCGAGACCCUCUAAAUAGUAGGACUGAGUCUAGCAACUCCUCUACUAACUAUGUCAUUAGCAAAUAGUAAAAUGUAUCAUCACUACUAAAAUGUUCAAUUGAGAGCAUACGUAUCAAUAAACUCAAGAACAAAAUAUGUCCUCGGCACAUAUGAUCUAUAGUCGUAAACAAGGCAAAAUAUUCAUUUGACCAAUAGUGCGAUGAAAUGUCCUACAACAUGGGAGGAAUUGAGAAAACAAAACCUACUUCUUUGAGGUCUUCUUCUUGGGGCCAGAACUAGCAGGCUGUGGCUUCGGGUGCUUCUCAGCCUCACUUGGGUCUAACCAAUUGAGGGAGUGGCGGUUGAACAAGGGCCAGUUGGGAACUGUAAGCAGAGACGUCAACACCACACCAGCUGCAUAGAUCAGCAUCAUCAUCUGAAAUGACCCCAACACAUAGCCCGUGAUGAAGGCCACCACAGCAAAACACACCAACAACACCUGCAUCAGGUGCUCUGCUAGCUUCUGCCCUUGCCAAUCCAUC